GCUCAUUGUCAGGUUGGAUUUGUCUCGCACAUCUCCAGCUUUGCUGUUGUUCCAGUACAGAUUUUGAUCACAAUUCUUUAAUUAUUUUCUAUAUUUAACUGACCUAUUUGAACAGGAUCCAGAGCUGGUGCGGAACAUCUGUCGCUGGGUUAGGCAAGCUGUUCGGAUUCCUUUUUUUGCCAAGUUGACCCCAAAUGUCACUGAUAUUGUAAGCAUAGCUAGAGCUGCAAAGGAAGGUGGGGCAGAUGGUGUUACAGCCACCAACACUGUCUCGGGUCUCAUGGGAUUAAAAGCUGAUGGCACACCCUGGCCAGCAGUGGGCACCGGGAAGCGGACUACAUACGGAGGAGUGUCCGGCACAGCCAUCAGACCUAUUGCUUUGAGAGCUGUGACCACCAUCGCUCGUGCUUUGCCUGGAUUUCCCAUUUUGGCCACUGGUGGAAUUGACUCAGCUGAAAGUGGCCUUCAGUUUCUCCACAGUGGUGCUUCGGUGCUCCAGGUAUGCAGUGCUGUUCAAAAUCAGGACUUCACUAUCAUUCAAGACUACUGCACUGGCCUCAAAGCCUUGCUUUAUCUGAAAAGCAUUGAAGAACUACAGGACUGGGAUGGGCAGAGUCCAGCCACGAGGAGUCACCAGAAAGGGAAACCAGUUCCUUGUAUUGCUGAACUUGUGGGAAAGAAACUGCCAAGUUUUGGACCUUAUCUUGAGAAGCGCAAGAAAAUUAUAGCAGAGGAAAAGUUUAGACUGAAAGAAGAAAAUGCUACCUUUCCACCACUUGAGAGAAACCAUUUUAUCCCAAAAAAAACUAUUCCUUCUGUUAAGGAUGUGAUUGGAAAAGCCCUGCAGUACCUUGGAACAUAUGGUGAACUGAGCAACAUAGAGCAGGUUGUGGCUGUGAUCGAUGAAGAGAUGUGUAUCAACUGUGGCAAAUGCUACAUGACCUGUAAUGACUCUGGCUACCAGGCUAUCCAGUUUGAUCCUGAAACCCACCUGCCCACCAUCACUGACGCUUGCACCGGCUGUACCCUCUGUCUCUCCGUCUGCCCUAUUAUCGACUGCAUCAAAAUGGUUUCCAGGACAACACCUUACGAACCGAAGAGAGGCUUGCCCUUGGCUGUGAAUCCUGUGUGUUAAGGUGAUUUGUGAAACAGUUGCAGUGAACUUCGAGGUCACCUACUUAUGCUGAUCUUUUCAAUUGUGAUCAUUAUGCUCAGCUUUUUCUAAAUUCAAACAAACCUAUAAUUUCUAAAUUUUUUUUUAAAAAAGGUAAUUUCUAAAGAAAUUUCUAAAUUUUAAAAAUGUCUGCUUCCAGUGAUCAUUCAAUUAAUGGUCAUAAAAUAGAAUAAUUCUUUUCUGAGCAGAAUUGUUCAGUAUAACUAUGUAGCAGUUAAUUGGAUGUUCACCAUCAGUUGUCCAUUAUGAAAAAAUUAACUUUUUUGUAGCAAUUAAUGCUACACUUUCCAAAUUGCCCUAUGCUGAGUUCUGUCUUUGAUUUCUAAUUGUAAGGGAAAUUAAGUAUUUUAGAACAAAGUACAAUUUAACUUACAAGCAAAUGUUUCCAAGGAAACAUUUUAUAAUUAAAAAUUACAUUUAAUUUUAACUCUGUUUCCAAGCAAAAGUAAUUAGCUCCAUAAAGCUCAGAUGAAGUCAAAUAAUUAUUUACUGUGGUAGAAAAAGAAAGCCAAUGAGGGUUUGGGAAACUUUUUGUUAAGGUUUCGUCACUGAAAUAACUGGAUACUGAAGGUGAGAGUGUUCAGCAACCAUUUGUAUCAAGCUAUGCUAUUCACCACUCAGGCCUGAGAUGGGUGUCCAGAUGCUACCAAUGAAUCAACAUGACAUUCCUCUUUAAAUAUGUAAACUGUGUUCCCAACAAAGUAAGACAUUAGGAUGGAACUCUGGUUAAAGCCACUCUUUUGCUGUGCACAUAUCUGUUCUAUCUGCUUCUAAUAUAGUCACCUUCAUGAUCCCAGCAACUAAUGUUUGAACAUAGCACAGAUUAUACAGAAGUGGAGUCAUGUGCUUCAUUAUUCCAGAAUGAGAAAUACAGUAUGGGCAAUAUAUAUUAAAUGGGUGAUACCACUUAACCAACUCUUUAUUUUAGUGUUCAUGUUGAAUUUUGAAAGUAAUUAAAAAAGAAAUGGUAUUUUCUGUUACUGCCAAAUAAUAUUUUUAUAUUUCUCUAUUUUCAAAACCAGCAAACAGCAUCUUAUAAACUUGUUUAUCUCUUCUUUGUGGUAUAUUUUAAUAUGAAUCCAUAAGUAGUAAAUCUUCAUGUAAUCAUCCAUAGCACCUUUCUAUGACAAAUGCAAGAUCAAGAAAAAAAAUAAAUGUUUGAUUAUGCACUUUUAGAAAUGCACAUUUACCAUAAAAUCUGUAUGAUCAAAUACUAUUAAAUAAAAUUUUAUAAA